AUGAACAGAGCAAACUAUGUUAAACUAGAUUGGAACUCGACUGAGAGCUUUUUCAAUUAUACCCGAGGGCGUUUUGUUGUCAACGAGGCAGAGGAGAUGCGGCAGAGACAUGUGCGCUUUGAUAUGAAUGAACUGGCUCGGUUGGCUGCAAAUACCGUUGGUGCAAAGGAGGUUGUCAAUAUCAAAAAAUGCGCAGAUGGCCUUUUCAACAAAGCCUUCGUUUUCACCUUCGAGGAUGGAAAACAAGUAGUUGGGAAGGUUCCCAACCCGAUUGCCAUUACUCCCCAUCUCACAACUGCUAGUGAAGUUGCAACUAUGGAGUUUUAG